AUGUCGAUCACACCACUCAUGACAUUCAAGGCUGGUGCCUGUGACUUUGACACCAGCUCUUCACCUCCCAAAGUCCUACCAAAGCCCGCUAGUGGUUAUAUCUACCUAUACGAAGAAGACGAUCUGAUACAAUUCUGUUGGCGGCCUCGUGCGGCACCUAUGUCCUCCCCAGAGUUGAAAUUAUCUAUGGUCCCUACAGACGGCCAAUUCAUACCAUACCAAGAAAAGUCCUCAGACUCAAGUACCAUCAAAUCACCUACCAACGGGCGAAUAUUUGUCCUCAAAUUCCAAUCCAGCAGCUCUCGUCACCUGUUCUGGCUGCAAAGCCGAAGCCAACACCCCCAAGGCGACCCAUCAUGGUUCAGUCCGAGAGAUUUGAAGUGGGGCGAAAUAGUCAACCGGCUCCUUCAGGGUGAAGAGGUUGACAUUGCAGAGGAGGUCGCCGAUACUUCAAAUGAAAAUCAAGGUGGGGGCGGAGACACAGAGAUGGAGGACGCACGGCCAGAAGGCGGGGAGAUACAGGGCAACAUAGGGAGCGGGGACCCUUUCAUGGGCAAUCCAGAGAAUGAGGGGUCAGGAUCACGAGAUGGUGGUGCCGAUGGGGGAAGAGCGUAG